AAAAUUUACCUCUAAUAGGAAAUUAAGUUUCAUUCAAAUUUUAUUUGGUCUUCUUGAAUGUUGUGUGUAAACAGUUAAGUGGUGUGCAGAGAACGGUGUGCAAAUUCAAUUACACUUACAUAAUACCGUAACUCAAUCGAUAUUCCACAUUUUAUUUAAUUUUAAUUAACUCUAAAAAGAUGAUUUAUCUGUGGAAAUGGACACUGUUUACUUGUGUGAUUAGUUCAGUUUACGUGGAGAAUGAAUGUAGAUUUGGCUAUUCACGAGCAGAACAAAGACGAUGGGCCAGACACCAUCAACAAUGUGCAGGAAAAUAUCAGUCACCGAUAGCGAUAUUUUCGUCAAAGACAAUCCCAUUAACAAUGCCAGCUAUUGAGAUGGUCGGCUAUCAUAAUUUACUCCCUGGCCCAUUGCUUAUCCACAACAACGGUCAUUCGGUAUCCAUGUCCGUGCCGAAAGAUGCAUUGAAAAAGAACGAACGGCUUCCGUACAUAUUUGGUGGAAAAUUGCACGACGAAUAUGAAAUCGAAGGACUGCACUUCCAUUGGGGUGAUAAAAACAAUCGAGGCUCGGAGCAUUUAGUGAACGACAUCAGAUAUCCAAUGGAAAUGCAUAUUAUUCAUCGAAACCGGCGUUAUGCAACAGUGCCCGAAGCUCUGAAACAUGAGGAUGGUUUAUGUGUCCUCGGUUUCUUCUAUCAGAUCAGCGAACACGAAAGUGAUGUACUGACGAAUAUUGUGAGGAACAUAUCGUACAUCGAAGAAUACAACAAAACCGUUUUGCUCAAUUCGACAUUUUCGCUGUCAUCGUUGCUCGGAAAUAUUGACACAGAUCGAUUCUACAUGUACAGAGGUUCAUUAACAACGCCACCAUGUUCCGAAGCAGUUAGAUGGGUACUGUUUCCAGACACAUUACCGUUAUCCAUUGCACAAAUAUCAGCAUUCCGUCAGUUAUCGAAUGGAAUCGAGGGCUCAGUGCUGGUGGAUAAUUAUCGAUCACUGCAACCAAUUGGUAAUCGACGAGUAUUCGUCCGUAAGGUCAAUCAGAAAAACACAAAACUUUCGCUAGUGAACAACGAAAUUCAUUACUCAAAGUGGGAUUGGCUCUACUGAGCGUGAUAUUUGUUUCUUUCAUUAUACUCUGGGAAUUUUCUGUAAAUAAAAAUCUGUAACUCUAAAAAA